GAAGAAAUUUAGAUGGCUACUUUGACACGUGAAAGUGCAUCCAAUAAAGGAUAUUCGCUCAGCACUCAACACACACAUAUAUAUAGUAAAGCCAGAAUCCAAAAUAGAAAGGCAUUUUGGCAUCGGAAAAUCGAAAAAUCACACGACUCCAACAAACUACAAACCUUCACUGCCAUUGCAAGAUGACGAUCACUUCUGCUGAUGGAACUUGUUCUCUGCUGCAACUUGCUCCACUUGAGGCGGUACUAUUUGACGUUGAUGGCACAUUGUGCGACACAGACCCCCUUCAUUAUUACGCCUUUCGUGAGAUGCUUCAAGAGAUUGGCUUCAAUGGUGGUGUUCCAAUUACCGAGGAAUAUUUUGUAGUAAAUAUUGCUGGGAAACACAAUGAAGAUAUUGCCUCUAUCCUUUUCCCAAACGAUCAUGAGAGGGGUGUGAAAUUUCUUGAAGACAAAGAAGCAAUGUUCAGAAGGAUUGUUAAGGAGAAAAUAGAACCGGUCAAAGGCUUAUAUAAACUCAAGAAGUGGAUUGAAGAUCAUGGAUUGAAGCGAGCUGCUGUCACAAACGCUCCUAAAGAAAAUGCAGAGUUGAUGAUCUCAUUGCUUGGACUAUCAGAUUUCUUUGAAGCUGUUAUUCUUGGAAGUGACUGCGAACAUGCAAAACCAUUCCCGGAUCCCUAUUUGAAGGCACUUGAAUUGCUCAAGGUGUCAAAGGAGCACACAUGUAUAUUCGAGGAUUCUGUCUCAGGAAUAAAAGCCGGGGUUGCAGCUGGGGUAAAAACUUUCGGCUUGACGACAAGGAACCCAGCGGAACUACUGAUGGAAGCGAAGCCAUCUCUUCUCAUCAAAGACUACGAAGACUCGAAGCUUUGGAGUGUACUUGACGAGCUCGAUAAUAAGGCCAAGGCAAAGACAGGUUGAGAUUAAUAAUUGAGGAUUGACAGCAAGAAGCAUUUGUUUCUUAGAAAAUAUAGAUCAUAUGGAGUUCCAUAAUUCCUAAGUGGAGCAUGUCGCAUGUAAUAACGCAACAUACAACUCGAGAAACCUUUUGGUGUGCGAAUUCACUAAAUUCACCCUUCACUCUA